AUGUCUGCAGCUGAGCGUCGUCCUCGAAACGGCCACGAGCAACCCCGUGAAGACGUGCAACACGCAGAAGGAGUUGGUAUAUGGAAUUUUCCUCUGAAUAUCUGUGUUUUGGAUUUUCAAUCAGAUUCUUCGAUGGGAGACGAAGACGAGGACGAGAGCGAGGACGAAUAUAUAACUAUAGAUUUGUCAGAUUUCAAGGAAUUGAAGUGUGCUAUCUGCCUGGGAAUCAUCCGAAAUACGAGAACAGUGACGGAAUGCCUUCAUCGAUUCUGCAAAGAAUGCAUCGAAAAAUCCAUGCGCCUAGGUAUCAAUGAAUGCCCUAUUUGCCGUGUGCAUGUUCCUAGUCGACGCUCAUUGAGAGAAGAUCCAAAUUUUGAUAAAUUAAUUGCUGCUCUUGUGCCAGAUAUUGAUAAAUACGAGGAACAGGAGGCAUUGGGUUUUGUUGAGGAUCAUGAUAAAGAGAUGGAGGCUUCAAGUGUGGAGAAUGUUCCAUGUGAAACAGAAGCAUCGGAUAGAACAGAGAAGGCAAGGGCAAUAGCUGUAGCUUUUGACAGGAUGAGGAAGUCUAAAGGUAAAGAUGUGAAGAGGGAUCGCAGAAAGCUGAAAAAUAAUGCAGGUGAUCAAGUUCAGGUAUCCAUUGAAAAUGAGGCUUUGAAUGAUAGUGAUGAGAAGACAGAAAACGGGACAAGAAAAGAUGAAGGAGAAACACAAAUUCCACAGGAAUCUGCUACAAUCGAUGUGGAUAGAGAAAUAACUUCAUCUGCAAAUCUUCACCAGAGCAACACCCUACUCAGUCACCAGGAAAGGACAAAACAAGAAAUAAGUAAAAAUAUGAGCAGUUUAGAAAUAUUAACCAAUGAUUAUGCUCAUAUUGAGGAGGAGAAUGAUGAUGUUGGAGGUGUACAAUCUGUGGGAUUAGGAAGUGUUCAUAACGUUACGUUUCAAUCCACUACAAAAUUAAGUGAGAGUUUCUCAAAUUUUGAUUCAGCUGCCAACCCUAAACUGAAGGAAGAAGUAAGUAGUUUAAAGGAGAAGCUAGCUAUAGUUGAAGAAAAUUUCAAAACACUAAAAAGUGUUAUGCUUGGGUACAUAAAAAUGAAAGAAGGACAUAUUCCUUCAGAAUUGAUUACUCUAUUUGGUGAUACUACUAAUGCAGCUGAUAAAAGAAGUGGAUAAGAUGCUCCAACAGACAAAGAAGAACUUAGAACGGGUCAUUUAUCAUAGACGGUCAUGGAGUAUGUCAUUUAUGUAUGGAGUUAAAUUUUGUGUCCUUUUGUUGAAGGAUAUACGACAU